GAUUAUUACGUAAUUCUAUUGGCUCACCACAUUUACUCCUCCAAGGUAGUAUCGUAAACUUGUCAUAUAUUCUACAGCUAGGAUCAAUCAAGUUGUAGCGAAGUAAUAUAUAAUGCAGUUUACUUUCUGCAGUGUGUGCACCAUGAGAACAUGCCGGCCUCACAUUUUAAUGUCUGGCGUAAUUGCACAUGCGUAUUAGACCUCAUUGGCAUGUUGUAAAAUGUUCAGCGCAACGAAUAUAAGAAACCAGUUCAGCAAAUGUCAGACGCGUGAACAAACAUAUUCCACAGUUUGUUAAGUUGCUGACACCAGAAAACUGUUGUCCGUCUCAUAAUAACAGCCACGCCCACUUAUAUUCCGUUUGCUGCCACCAGUGCAAGGUAACUUUGACUACAGACAUGGCCACAGACCAAGAAGUGUGCCGAGACGAUGACAAACUGGAGGAAGCAGAGGAUGCAGACAUGGGAAUGUCCAGUAAAACCCUGAAUGACAAAGCAAGCAGGAAAAAACUGUCUAUGGAAAGUAGAGAAAAAAUCAGGGCUCUCCUUCAAGAAGGUUUAACUCAACGACAGAUUGCCAAGCACAUGAACGUGUCUUCCUCAGUGAUUUGGAGGUUUGAGAAACGACUGAAAGAAACAGGUGGAGUUGAAGACAGGCACAAGGGACGCAGGGCUAAAAAAAUCCGUGCCCCCACAGAACACUGGAUUGACAUCGGCGGAGAACGCAAGUAUCAGUGCACACAUUGUCAAAAGACUUUUGUGUACUUUUCACAAAUUCAUGAACAUAUAAGAGUUCAUACUGGGGAAAGGCCGUUUAAAUGUGACCAGUGUUUCAAAGAAUUUGCUCAGUCAAGUGCGUUGAAACGUCACCUUAUUAGUCAUUCAAAGGAGAGACCUUUUAUGUGCGAUUUCUGUGCGAAGUGUUUUGCGGAUCCAGCAUCCCUUCGUCUACAUGUCCGCAUUACAUUAUAUACAGGAGAGAAGCCGCAUAAGUGUAGAUUCUGUGACCGUCGUUGCACGACAGCCGGGAACCUCAAUGCCCACAUGAGGGUACACCGAAACCAAUACAACAAUGAGAGCAGGGCCCAGGGCAUGAUGACUGAAACGAAUUUGACUCGAAUCAAGAUGACCGAAACAAAGGAAGGAAGGAACGAAAAUGAAUGGGGAAUGAAACAGGUGGGAGGGGAUGAUAAAGGUAUGACCAGUGAGGAAGAUGUUUUAGGCAGUGAGAAUGACGGCGAUGAUGAUGAUGAUGAUGAUGAAGGCAAAGAUGAUGGUGAUGAUGAUGAUGAAAGCAUGGAUCCAUGUGUAGGCAGGAAGGAACACAUGAUAAGUGCACUGAGGGAGGAAGAUGGAAUAGAUAUGGAAAGUAGGGAGGGAGAAGGAAUAGAUGCACAUGAAGACAGGCAAGAAGAAAUAGAUGAUCGUUCUCACAGUGAGCAAUGGAUGCACCAUGUGAUGCACCAAGAGAUGGCCCCCAGUGAUGGAUCACACCAGCUUUUAGGCAAGGAAAGGGGAGACAGUCAGUGGGAUGAGUGAAGAUGUGUGUCCAGAUUAAACAAGAACCGCAAGAGAUGAGCACUGAAAACACAAUGUCUGAAGAAGAAUCCCAUGAAGUCCAACUGAAGGAACCAGAGGUGACAUUCUCUGUGGAUCCAGAACCAUGUAAAACACCACGCAGUUAAGUCAAGCAGGAGAAGGCUGUCCAUGGAUGACAGAGAAAAGGUCCGAGCUCUCCUACAGAAUGGGACAUCUCGGCACAACAGGUUUCCAGA